AUGGAGGAUUUUCCUCUUAUUCCACCUCCCAACGCUUCUCGAAAUGUUCAAGAGUCGUAUGAGAAAUGGACGGGCGAACAAGAAGGCCAAACGUAUAUCUUAGCUAGUCUUAACAACGUUUUAGCCAAGAAGCAUGAGCUCAUAAUCACUGCACACGAGAUUAUGGAGUCCCUAAGGGGAAUGUUCGGACAAUCACCUGCACAGCUCAGGCACGACACUCUUAAUUUCAUCUUCAACUCCAAGAUGAAAGAGGGAUUGACUACAACCUUACAUGCUACUGAACGAGUUGCAUACAUUCUAAUCUUUGCUGAAAAGCAAGGAGAAGAAGUGGAGACUGCAGCUUACAUCUUGAACUAUGUUCCCUUCAAGAGUGUUGCCAUAACACGUUUGGAACGGACGUAA